UACACUUCUCUAUCAUGAACAGCGAAACCAAUAUCGAAAGCAAAGUCGGCCGCCCCGCCGCCAGUGAGUUGUCCUUCCCAAUGUAUUUGCACUCUUCCUCAGCAUUAGUAGUUGAACAAUGGUUUUGACCAAGCUGCUACUAUUAUUUUUUUACCCCGCAGACAAGGUCGGAGGUAUGCGUGUCCCAGCGCCAGAUCAUCCCGUCCCUGUUGUGCGCAAGGUCCAUGAGAAAAAGGACGAUGAGGAUUCGGGCGUUUUGAACGCAGAUCAGCAAGAACUCGAGAAGCUGGAGCGCUUCGAGUACGAGAAGCAGACUCGCAAGGCUGCCGGCGAACGCCUGGCCAGGAUGUACGAGCGACAGCCUAAGCACGAGAUCACCAAUAACUUCAGACAGAACCAAAACAUUUAUGUCGAUCAGCCCGUUCUUCACAAUCACGAGAAGUCUGGCGGUGCUGUCCAGCAGUAAACGGCCUGGGACACCUGCUUAAGAAAUUGCUCAUUUGUUUUGAACAGAUGAAGCGGCUCCGUGUAUAAGCAUCGCAAUCUGUAUAUAAUAAAAACUGUUUCUUUCACAUACCAGAUGCAGCUGCAAAAUGCAACACAAAAAAAAAGCCAAAAAAAAAAAGAGUUGUUUUCAUACAGGAUUUGAUCUGACG